GACUGCAUGUUAGAUGUUACCCUCCUCUCUCACAUUGGGCGGUGGAGAUCCAAUCACUGAUUUCCUCUUUCAAAGCGUCCCAAACCGUUUGUUAAGUUUGAAUCAUCCUCCACAUCUUUAGGUAUAUACCAUUCCAUUCCAUUUCUCUUCCUCUGCCUCACUUUUCUACAGUGUAGUUUCAGGCUGGUGUCUAGUUCUUCUUCUGAGCAACAUGAGUACCGAGAAGGAGCGAGAGAACCAUGUUUACAUGGCCAAGCUAGCCGAGCAGGCUGAGAGAUAUGAUGAAAUGGUGGAGUCCAUGAAGAAGGUAGCAAAGUUGGAUGUGGAGUUAACAGUGGAGGAGAGGAAUCUGCUAUCAGUAGGCUACAAGAAUGUCAUUGGAGCUCGGCGAGCCUCAUGGAGGAUAAUGUCUUCUAUUGAGCAGAAGGAGGAGGCCAAGGGCAAUGAUCAGAAUGUGAAGCGUAUCAGGGAUUACAGGCACAAGGUGGAAGAAGAACUUUCUAAGAUCUGUCAUGAUAUUAUGACUAUCAUUGAUGAACACCUCAUUCCUUCUUCCAGUGUUGGUGAAUCCACUGUUUUUUACUAUAAAAUGAAAGGGGAUUACUAUCGUUAUUUGGCAGAAUUCAAAACAGGAAAUGAGAGGAAAGAAGCAUCUGAUCAGUCUUUGAAAGCAUACCAGACUGCUUCAACCACUGCUGAGACUGAUUUACCUCCAACUCAUCCAAUCAGACUUGGAUUGGCUUUGAAUUUUUCUGUUUUCUACUAUGAGAUACUGAAUUCACCUGAAAGGGCUUGCCAUCUGGCCAAGCAAGCUUUUGAUGAAGCAAUUGCAGAACUUGAUACCUUAAGUGAAGAGUCAUACAAAGAUAGCACUUUAAUCAUGCAGCUCCUAAGAGAUAACCUCACUUUAUGGACCUCUGAUCUUCAGGAUGAUGGUGGUGAAGAUCAGCCCAGAGCAGAGAAUCCUGCUGGAGAAGAUGAAGAGAUGUGAGCAGGCACAUGUAGAAAGUAAUGAAGCUGCCUAGACCCAUGCACUUGCAAUUGGCAUUAAUGUAUUCUAAGGAACUUUUAAGAUUUUAGUUGUUGCUUUGCAGCCUUGAAUUGCAAAUUUGCUGCCUGUCUUUCGUAUCUGAUUUCCCUGUAGAUUUUAGGGAGGGGCAAGAAAUUAGAGGACAUUGUGGGUCUAAACAUGGUGUCUGUUCAAAUCUUCGGAUGCUUCAAUAUUUAAUAGAGCCCCAACAUUGUUUGCA